AUGCGGACCCCGACUGCCAUGAUUGUCGGCAUUGUGCUAGGGCCCUGCGGCCUUGUCCUGAACCUGACCAGCACUCUGGCUCCGGGCUGGAGGGAUGUAAGCCAUAUCCCCAACAAGCCGUAUGACCUGAUUCAGCACCAAGGCAUCUGGGAUAUCUGUGACGAGUCGCAAAGCACCCAGACAACCAAAUGCCACAUUGAGGACACUCUUGGAUACUUUUCUGAGCAGCCUGUGCAAGUGGCCAAAGGGCUGAUGCCAUCCUCUGUGGUGGUCACUAUCCUGGGGCUGGUUGUCUCCUCGCUGGGCGUACGCUGCUGGCAAGCCAUACCCCAUUACUUGCUGGGAGGGCUAGGUGGCCUCCUGCUCUUCAUUUCUGGGUUGUUGAGCCUUAUUGCAGUCUCUUGGUACAAUCACAAACUCUACAAUCUACCCAUUACUGCUGGCAGUGACCAGGUAGUAGGCUACUGCUUGGUACUUGGCUACUUGGGGAGCUGCCUGGAAAUUAUUGGAGGAUUUUCCCUCACGCUUAGCUUUUCUCAGUGCUGCAAGGAACGCAAGCUGAAGAAAGCAGCUAUGGAUUACAGCUACCCACCCAGCAGCAGCAGCCAACUAGGCUCAGCAACCAUAGCUGCCAUCUCUCCCUCUAUUGACAGCAGACAGUUCCAAAUGGGCCACAGGACUCCAGUCCCCAAGUCCUACACCAACCCCCAGGAUGUACUGGAAAGCGAGCACACCAGUAACCGGAGCCAGCUACCCUGUGACUCGGAUUUAUAGCCCUAAGCAGGGACCUUCUCACAAAUGGGAGACAAGGGCUUACAGGAAUACAAAGUUUUAUUUGGACACCUGGAAGCUGACAGCAAACUAUUCAGUCUACUAGAACCUAGCAAACUGA